AUGUCCACCGCAAAAAACUCAUCGUCGGAGCACUGGCAUUACUCUCAACUCCAAGACGACAACUUCGAGUUUCACGGCAGGGCCAUCUUCUUCCUCCUCCUGCUCUUCUCCAUCUUACUCCUCAUCAUACUUCUAUUCUUCUACGCCCGUUGGUUCUGCCGCUACUUACCCAUCACACGCGCCGCAGCAAACGAAGCUCACGCGCCGCCGCCACAUGGGGUUGAUGAUAAAGUGUAUCUAAGCUUGCCAGUUGUGUUGUACGGGGUGUUAAAGAAGGAAAUAAGUGUAGUGGAGUGUUGUAUAUGUAUAGGCGUGUUUGAGGAGCAAGACAAGGUUAAAGUGCUCCCUGUUUGUGGUCAUUAUUUUCACUCAGAGUGUGUGGAUAGAUGGCUUUCCACUCAGUCGAGUUGUCCGAUUUGUCGAGCUCAUCUCCGAGUUGACUCACCUGUUUGA